GAAUAACUUCCUCCUUAUGAAAUUUUAUUUACAGAUAGGACGACAUGGGUAUCAAGCGUCAGAAACAAGUGCGGAAGUCUUUAGCGUUCUACAAGAAGAACUUCGGAUAUUCUCCCCCAUAUCAUGUUAUAGUGGACGGCACAUUUUGUAGGGCUGCACUGAAGCAGAAAAUCAACAUUAGAGAACAGCUGCCAAAGUACUUAGAGGCCGAGGUCAAUAUCUGUACCACACAGUGUAUACUUGAGGAAUGUGAAGCAUUUGGCUCUGUUUUGUAUGGACCCUUGAAGAUACUCCAGCAGUAUCAGAAAGCACCAUGCGGUCACUCCAAGAGCAUCAAAGGUGCUGAUAAAUGUAUCCAACACACAACCAAGAAGACAGUUAAAUACAUUGUGGGCACUCAGGUAAUGCUGCAUUAUUUCAAAUCCACUGUGGAACAUGGAGACUGA